GCUUCGCCCCUCCUAAAACCCUAGCUCCAGAACCAACUAAACCCGCGAAGCAACAAGUCGAAGGCGGCGGCGGCGGAGGCGAUGGGGAGCGACACGGAGACGGAGAAGAAGAGGACCCCGCUGGCGCUAGCGCCCAUUGCGAAGCCCCUCGCAGGCAAGAAGCUCUGCAAGCGGACCCUAAAGCUCGUGCGCCGAGCCUCCGAGGCCAAGUGCCUGAAGCGGGGAGUCAAGGAGGUGGUCAAGAGCAUCCGCCGUGGGAAUAAAGGGCUUUGUGUGAUCGCUGGAAAUAUUUCUCCUAUUGAUGUGAUUACACAUGUUCCGAUACUUUGUGAGGAAGCUAAUGUUCCUUACAUAUAUGUUCCGUCGAAAGAGGAUCUUGCGACCGCUGGAACCACUAAGAGGCCAACUUGCUGCGUCUUAGUUCUGACCAAACCAACCAAGGGGGAGCUCAGUGAAGAGGUGAAGGAGAAGCUGAAGUCAGACUAUGACCAGGUUGUGACGGAAGUUGCUGAGGCUACAUCUGCAAUGUUCUGAGAACAAUUCCAGGACCACAGUGUCUGAGAAUCAGGCAAUUUAUUUGCGUAGUAUGUAACAUCCUGACAAGCCUGCCCUACUUGUGAACUGCACUGGUGUGCUAUCAAGGGUUCAGCUGGAGAGCUGAUCAUUAUGUAUUAUGGACUACCCUUGUUGAUCGUACAAUGAUUAGAUAAUUAGCCAAUUAGAUUUGGUGAGCAGAUUGUUUCCGGUGAAACUACCAGGUUUUGUUAGCUUCUGCAUAACUCUUGUCCUAGUGUUGAUGGCUUAUCUCCAA